ACACACACACACACACACACACACACACACACACACUCACUGGACGGACCAUGAACAGGAGGAUUUGAGUCUUUUUGCUUCUGCGCCGCAAAGUUGCGAAGACAUCUGUCCACCGUAGUCGUGACAGCAUGGAUGUCUCCGGCGCGUUGCCGGGCGCCCGGGGCCCCUCCAGGAUCAGGUGCUGCUGGCGGCUUUUCUUCCUGCUCAGCGUCCUCUGCCACCACUACCUGGGCUCCCUGCUGGACUGCCCGCCCACCUGCUCCUGCUCGCCCGCAGACAUCUAUUGCAAUAAGUCGGACAGCAGCAGGUUCUUCCCGCUGCUCUCCUUCCAGGGAACCGGCAGCACCGCCAACAGCACCGGGAGCAUCGAGGACCUUUUCCAGAACAUCAGCUCCAUACACAUUGAGAACUGGACGGGUCUGCAGACGCUGAGGGACGUGGACAUGGAGCUGUACACGGGCUUACAGAGGCUAACUAUUACGAGGAGCAACCUGCAUUCAAUCCAGGCUCGGGUUUUCUCCAAGAACCCCCUGCUGCGCUACAUAAACCUGUCCAAGAACCCUAUGUUGACCACGCUGUCCUGGCAGAUCUUUGAACAUCUGCAGCUCUUCGAACUUCAUUUAGAGGAAGUGGUGUUUGACUGUGGCUGUGAGAUCCGCUGGCUGCAGCUAUGGCAACAGAGAGGAGAGGCGGGGCUAAGCAGCCAACAGUUGCGCUGUGCUGACGGCAACACGACCAUUCUGCUGCACAACAUGAACAUCAGCAGCUGUGACCUACCAGACAUCAGCGUCAGCCACAGCAACCUCACCGUCAUCGAGGGGGAUCGAGUGACGGCCAUCUGUAACGGCUCAGGAUCCCCGUUACCUGAGGUGGACUGGCCAGUCAACGGGCUGCACUCCAUCAAUGCACAGGAGGCCAGAGUCUACGACAACAACACCAUUCAUUCCAUCAACAUCACUCUGGUCAACGUGAGCAGAGACGACAACAACUUCCUGCUAACCUGCACUGCCACCAACAUAGUGGGCAUGACCAAUGCAUCGGUCCAGCUAACUGUUCACUUUCCCCCCUCGAUCGUGAAGCUGAAGGAGCCAGAACGCCGCCACGACACGUGCAUAGAGUUCACUGUUCGCGGCUCGCCCCACCCGGCCUUACGGUGGUUCUACAAAGAUGAGGAAAUAUCCCACACUGAGUAUGUGCGUCCUGAUAUGGAUAUUUACCAGGACUACGUAGAGGGCUGCCUAACCUUUAAAAACCCUACGCAUCACAACAAUGGCAACUACACUCUGGAGGCGAGCAACUACCUGGGCGUGGCCACCAGCACCGUGUACGGCCACUUUCUGGACAAUCCCUUUGAUGGUCCGGAAACAGAUUAUGAUUAUGUAACCCCGACAGCAGAGACUCACAAACCUGAAGAAGAUACUUUUGGGGUCUCCAUAGCAGUCGGGCUUGCAGGGUUUGCCUGUGUAAUGCUGGUCGUUCUCUUCCUUCUCGUCAACAAAUAUGGACGACGCUCAAAGUUUGGCAUGAAAGGACCAGUAGCAGUGAUUAGUGGGGAAGAAGACUCUGCCAGCCCCCUUCACCAUGUCAACCAUGGGAUUAUGAGCCCCUGUACGCUGGAUGGCGGGCCAGAUGCCGUGGUGAUUGGGAUGACCAGGAUCCCCGUCAUAGAGAACCCACAGUACUUCAGACAUGGACACAACUGCAACAAACCCGCCACCUAUGUUCAGCAUAUUAAACGGAGGGACAUUAUUCUGAAGAGAGAGCUCGGAGAAGGAGCCUUCGGCAAGGUCUUCCUGGCAGAAUGUUACAACCUGAGCCCGACCAAGGACAAGAUGCUGGUCGCUGUGAAGACUCUGAAGGACCCUACUCUCGCAGCCAGGAAGGAUUUCCAGCGCGAGGCUGAGUUGCUGACCAACCUGCAGCAUGAACACAUAGUCAAGUUCUACGGUGUGUGUGUGGACGGAGACCCUCUGAUCAUGGUCUUUGAGUACAUGAAGCAUGGCGAUCUCAACAAGUUUCUCAGAGCCCAUGGGCCGGACGCCAUGAUCCUGGUGGACGGACAGCCUCUGCAGACCAAUGGGGAGCUGGGGCUGUCCCAGAUGUUUCACAUAGCCAGUCAGAUCGCAGCUGGCAUGAUCUACUUGGCGUCUCAACACUUUGUGCACCGCGAUCUGGCAACCAGGAACUGCCUGGUGGGUAAUGGCCUUCUGGUGAAAAUAGGAGACUUUGGCAUGUCCAGAGACAUCUACAGCACAGAUUAUUACAGGGUGGGAGGGCACACCAUGCUGCCAAUUCGCUGGAUGCCUCCAGAGAGCAUCAUGUACAGGAAGUUCACCACAGAGAGUGACGUGUGGAGCUUCGGAGUCAUCCUGUGGGAGAUCUUCACCUACGGCAAGCAGCCGUGGUUCCAGCUCGCCAAUAAUGAGGUGAUAGAGUGCAUCACUCAGGGCAGGGUACUGGAGCGGCCCAGGCUCUGUCCAAAGGAAAUCUACGACAUGAUGUUAGGCUGCUGGCAGAGGGAGCCCCAACAGCGCCUCAACAUUAAAGACAUUCAGAAGAUGAUGUUUACUUUGAUGAAAGCAACACCGGUCUACCUGGACAUUCUGGGAUAGAAAUGGACAGGGGGUCCGGUGGGGGUUGGGGGGUGGGGGAUCGGAUGUAUUUAGGUCGGACUAGAUUUUCAUUGGAAAAUACAUAGACAGUACAAUGGAUUGAAAGGAUUGCCUCAUAGCAGAACUCUGACCUGGACUCACAGCAUAGUCUGGGAUUGAACUAUGGGAACUGGGUUUAGGAAUGGACUGUACCUCGCCCCCAACUGCCAGACAUAUAGAGUAUUGGAAACGUGGAGAUAUGUCUAUCUCACUGGAUUGGAAUGAACUGGAAAACAUUGCAUUGCGUCACAAUAAAAGUCAAAGGGAAUGUCUUGGGUAUGGGCUUGUUAGGUCCAGUCUUUUUUGAAUGAACUCAUGACUGAAAGACUUGACUAUGAAGCUCGGAUUGCAUCAAACUGGACUGAACUGGAUUACCAUGAUUGUACUGGUCUGGUAUGGUUUGGUUGAAUUGUACUGAUGUAGGUACCUUCAUGUCCUAGCUUAUUUCCUCAUUUCAACCUUUUUGAAUCAGUGCAGCUUGGGUUCUUGAGCUCGAGGAAGCCUGACCUGGCCUGGUAGAAUUUGACUCUGCUUGGCUAUAUUUCAGAUAUCCUAUCCCUAAUGAUUUUAACCACACCCUGGUUUGUGUUUAUCUGUGUCCAUUGGAAAGUCAACCAUUGGUUGGUUUGGCUCAAUUAUUCUUGGUUUUACAAACCCUGCAUUAGAGGCAUUUUUCAUCUUUAUUAUUAGGUCUUUUUUGGCUUGGACUUUACCUGGUCCUCACACAGUAAACCAUCGUCCACUGUGUAAUGUAGAAUCUAAAGACAUCUCCAUGCUUUUUUUAAACAUUUGGAUGAUUGUGUGUUCCAGGAUAUCUUACCCAGGCUUAAUUAUUUACCUGUAAUUAUACAUGCCUUGGGAUUGCCAUUAUUGCUCGGCCAAAAUGACUUUUGAAGUACUAAUCAUGUCUGUUAAGUAAAUCCUUUAGGGUCAAUCAUACAUUUAAUGACCUACUUUUGGGGUGGGAGCUGUCUGCUUCGGAUGACAUUUGUUAUACCAAAAUGAUUGUCACAACCUUCGAUGGGGGGGUUUAUUCAUUGAACCAUGGAUUGAGGAACUGAAGUGUUGCAUCAUUUCAUAAUGAUAUUUUUGACUACUCCUAAAACCUGCAGCCUCCCGUUGGCAGCCACUGGAAUAGCUGAUACAAAUGUCAAAGAAAGACACAUGCUGACAAAGUCAACCACCACAUUCUAGACAGCAGUCAGAAAAAGAAGGACCAGGCGGGCGUGGCUUAAUGUUAAAGUGAUGCACUGUUCACAUGACCAUAUGUAAGACAGAGUUCAUUUUUCAUCACUGUUCAUUGAAACAUGCGUCAACGAGAAAGGACAACGUGCAUGAAUCACACACAUCAUGUGCAGCUUCCACCGUGUCAGUGCGCUCCAAUGUUUCUAUCUUCAAAGCCUUCUGGUCCGGGACUCACGCUACCAAACUGAGCUGCUACCAGACCUUCCAAUUCUGAGCCUGGAGGUGUGGCCUGAGUGACUGUCUGUCGCCAUAGAGAUGGACCUAAGUGCCUCCUACUUCUUUCUAAACACUGGAAACAUAAAAAAAAUAGUCUUUCAAAAUAAGAGCACUUUUACAUUUUGUUUACCUGCUUAUAAAAUGUACACUAGCUGUCAACCGUCCUCGUUUUUCUUACAAAGUUUCAGCACUCUACGUAUUGCAAAAAAAAAACAACCCAAAAAAAGGAAUAAAAUGAUGAAAAUUAUACAGAAAAAAAAUUAACCCCUGGGGGAAAAAAGCAAAAAAAUGUUUAAAAAUAGAAGAAGCUUUUUUGUACCAUUUUCAGCUUGACAAGAUCAUUUAGCCACCCAAGGUGAAGUUACGUUUUCUUUUUAAAAAUAAUCUACAUAUUCAAAAUAUUUUUUUUCUUUCUUUUUCAUUUUAAAUCAAAGAGUGGACCUCUGCCAUGCUUCAAAGCCAUUGGAAUAUUCUGCCACUGGGUAGCAAAGACCUGGUUACCAGGAGUAGUCCAACUGUUGGCUGUGUGUUGCGUACCUGGAAGGUCUCUGGUGUCAGCGAACAGCUCCAUGGCAACACAAAGGAUCGACCAAGCUGCCGGUCAAUGAACAACACUUUUUUUAAAAAGAAUGUAUAUACUGUAAAUCUUUACGUCUUGAGAUAUGUUAACUUAUUUCCUUUUCUCCAGUUUGAUUAUUUUUAGCUUCUUGAUGUGCUGUUAAAUAGUUCAGUGAAGCCACAAGAUCUUUUAACAAUCUUUCUUUCUAGUUGAAAUUACACUUAUUAUUUACUUUAUCCAGUCAUACACUGUCGUUUUAACAUUUUAACAAGAUAAUCUACAUUGAAAUCAUUUCUGUUCAUUAUUCUUUUAGUUGCUCAUUUGAUAGAAAUGUGUAAGUCAGGACAGUAGAGGAAAGACGUAAAGUUAUGGGGCCAGUGUUUGAAUAACCUGCUCAGAGUGCAAGUCCUCUUCUAGGAUCAGGGACAUUCUUCAUUUUUGAACGUCCUGUGACAUGCUGCUUUUUGGAUGCCUUUAUAUAGACCUUAGUGGACCCCUAAUACUGUAUCUGAAGAGGCUUUUAUAUAGACCUUAGUGGUCCCCUAAUACUGUAUCUGAAGUCUCUUUUAUAUAGACCU